AUGUCCACGUCCACGUCCAUGUCCAAUAUGGCAGGCAGGUCCGCAGCCAUGACCGUGACACAGGAGAAAAAACGAAUGAGAAGACGGCAGAGUGGCCCACGAGGAGCGUUUAAGAGAACAAGACUGCUUCCGCCUUGCCACGCGAAUCGAGCGCCCCCCACCCCUCCCCAACGACCACGCCCCUUUCAGCUGCCGCGGUUCGUGUCUCGGCUACGGCUGAGGCUGAGGCGAACAACAGAGAGAGACAACCAUAGAGUCGACUCUGCAAGGCAGCACCAGGUCAGAGGCCAGAGAGGGAUGAACAUACGGAGAGCUCAGUGCGCUAGAAGGUCCCCAGAAGGUGCCGCCUGUCGAUCCCCUGCAAGCGCUUCAUGGUCCAGAAUGAGACUUUGGUAAGGGUGUUCAAAUGUAUGUAUGGACAUAUGUCCAUGUUUGUCUUAGACAAAGUAUACGCUAAGGCUGUUAGUGUUCUGGCACUAAAACAAUUCGUAGGCUAAUGCGAAUAAAUGCUGGAAAUAUAUUGUAUGCCUUUUCUUGGAAACUUA